AUGGGGCCGCCCAGCGACAACUUUGAGCUCCAUUCAGUGCGCACCGUAACAAACGACGCGCCUCGUCGGCAAACAGGCUUGGCCAAGGAUGAGCAACUCCUCCGCUAUCGCCAGCGGUCGGCAUGGAUAUUUGCCUUUUACUUUCCCCUCCUCGUUCUGCCCUGGAUCUUCACCGCCAUCUUGAUGUUCCGACCCAUCAACCUGCAUUCCUACAUUAACCAGGCCGAAGGAUACACGCCCAAGGAUGUUGCGAAUCUCGAGAGACUGCGCGUCGCCGUCUAUGUCCUCACACAAAUUGCUGCCACCCUUGGCAUCCCCAUCGUCUCGACCCUGCUUGCUCACGGGGCCGUUGUAUACACGCAGCGUCGCAGGCCGAGCCAGCAUCUCAGCCUGUUGCAGAUGUUUACACUAGCAGACAGACAGUGGCUCAACGUUCGACACGUCUGGAAAUCCCUGACCACAUUACCAAAAUAUUGGAAUUCAUCAUCCACAUACCUCAGGUUGGCAGGUGUUCUGAUUUUCAUCACCGCUGUCCAGCCGCCUCUGCAGUCUAUCCUUGUUCGAGAUGAAACCAUAACCAUCGUGACAUGCACGCCAAAUACAUGUUAUUCCGGUGAUCGUGAUACGUGGAUCGUUGGCAACGAUGCCGACCCAGAAGCCCUGGCCCAGACUCGGAGGAUGUGGAUUAUCCAACGAACUUCCGAGAAGAUAAUCAGCGUGCACACGAAAGAUACACAAAAAUACCUCUGGUCCGACAUCCCUUAUUGGUUUCCUGAAACCGGAUACUCCUCGGCCCAAAGCCGUGAGAGAGGGGACUUCGAAUGGGCUUUGGGAUUGGAAAGGUUGGAGCACGACGACGACCCCGAGCCACUUUUCUUCGCCUCGUCAGUUCCCAAUGGCACUUCGACCGGGAUGCUCCGACAACAUGCAGUCAGAAUGGAUUCCAAGGCCACAUGUACCAAGGGCAAUUCAAGCUCCAGCGGCUGUAAAGGGACUUGGCCCUUCACAGCCUCCUUGUCGCUCCCCUAUACAAAGGUCGAGGUCUGUGUGGAUGGGGACCAGGACAACACCCCCUGGGCGAUCAGUCGCGAUAAACAAGAAAUCAAAGAGACCCUGUGGCUUCGAGUGUCCUCAUCGAACCCUGACCCUUACGACGGUUCGGAUAACUUCACCAUUCGGUGCGAGAGUGUUUCGAGAAGGGGUUGGUUUGAGCUUCCUAACCACCACAACGGCUACAAGCCUGGACCUCUCCUGGACGUCUGGCCCUCAAAAGAGGAGAUUGCCCGAGACUUUAAUGAAUACAUUUACAACAGCUCUGUGCUCGAGACCUCGGAGCCAACGCCUGGCCCUCUCAUGACAGCAGGACUGGCCAUAUUCGGCAAUACAUCCUUCUUUCGUCUGGCCAAUGUAUCAGCAGAAGAAUCCAAUAAUCAGACAGCCCGACAGAUAUGCGACCAGGUGAGGUUGCCAUUCACCCGUCUAACUUCUUUGGAGUUCCCCGCCCCUGUCUCAAUCUGCGAUGACUGGAGUCUCCAGCGAGACCGGGAUACCAAUGUGUUGGACCUCCUGGCACGCUACUUUACGUUUUUCGGCUCAGACAACACGACACAGAAUGCUCUCAACAUUGCAAUGUACUUUGCCAACGAGGCCCUCCUUACAACUGCCGCUGAUCGGUCCCUGUACUCCCACCCAGGCCAUAUGGUAUCCAAACCCAAGAAAAGUCUGGCCGGUUUGAUCGUCAUCACCGUUCUCGUCGGUCUACAGGCCGUUGGUCUUUGUCUCCUGAUGGUAUUCAUCUACUCGACGCCGACUUGGACGGACGACUUUGAUGCCGAUGCCCUGACCCAGAUAGGAGCCCAGCUCAAGGAUUUGGACGAAAUCAUGUCACGAAGUCAGGUAUGCGGUCUGGUGGGAGCUGUCGAAAAUCGAGGUAACGAUGAGACGUCGUCUGUGAGGGCAUCAUCGACAGAAGAGGCACGAGUUCAGGCUAGGAGGCCAUUCCAUCUGAGCUUAGGCGGAGAAGGCGUUAUAUCGCCGGAGCUACUAAAGGAGGGGGGAUCUGGGGGAACUUCAUAG